UGGAAGUUGCAUUUCAAGGACAUUUAACAACUUGCCAAGAUGAGAGGGAAGUGUGAAUCAACGAGGGGGUAAACCAGCAUCCUGAGAGAUGUUUGCUAAUUUAAUCAGGGGUCUGUUGUAGCUUCGUCGUCGAGCUUUAGCCUUGCUAGCUACACAGUGCCGGAGAAAGAGAGGACAGUGUGUGCCUGUUAUACUCUGACCGUGUCGGGGUCUCUGACGGGGAGGAAAAAUGAAGUUCGCUCAGUUUCUGCUGAAAAAUGGCUCCGUUGCUGGGAUACCGAGACAAGUGGAUAGGUUUUCUAAGUUCUCCCCCUCUCCCUUGUCUAUGAAGCAAUUCAUUGACUUUGGCUCAGCCAAUGCAUGCGAGAAGACCUCGUUUGUGUUCCUGCGGCAGGAGCUUCCUGUCAGGCUCGCCAACAUUAUGAAGGAAAUUGAUUACCUCCCUGACAAGCUCCUCAACACUCCAUCCCUAAAGCUCCUCACAAGCUGGUAUUCUCAGAGUUUGUUGGAGCUUGUAGAUUUUUUAGAAAAAGAUCCGGACGAUAAGGAAGUCCUGACAAGCUUCACGCAGACCCUGGUGAACGUCCGAAACCGGCACAACAACGUGGUGCCCACCAUGGCUCAGGGCGUGGUGGAGUACAAGGACGCCUUUGGUGUGGACCCCGUCACCAACCAGAACGUCCAGUACUUCCUGGAUCGCUUCUACAUGAGCCGCAUCUCCACACGCAUGCUCAUGAACCAGCACACAUUAAUCUUUGAAGGCAGCGUGAACCCAGCCCAUCCUAAACACAUCGGCAGCAUUGACCCCAGCUGUGACGUUGUGGAAGUUGUUAAAGACGCCUAUGAGACGUCAAAGAUGCUGUGUGAGCAGUACUACCUGACCUCUCCUGAUAUGGAGAUUACAGAAGUGAACUCCAAAAACCCCGGUCAGCCUCUCCACAUCGUCUACGUGCCCUCCCAUCUCUACCACAUGCUGUUUGAGCUUUUUAAGAACGCCAUGAGAGCGACAGUGGAGACCCAUGAAACUAGCCCCACACUGCCUUCGAUCAAAGUGCGCGUCUCACUGGGCAGCGAGGACCUCACUAUCAAGAUGUCUGACAGAGGAGGCGGAGUCCCGAUGAGGAAGAUCGAGCGUCUGUUCAGCUACAUGUACUCCACGGCUCCCAGUCCGGUCCAUGUAGAUAACUCUCGCAAUGCACCACUGGCUGGUUUUGGCUACGGCCUCCCGAUCUCCCGUCUGUACGCCAAGUACUUCCAGGGAGACCUGCAGCUCUACUCCAUGGAGGGUUAUGGCACCUCAGCUGUCAUAUACUUAAAGGCCUUGUCGUCAGAGUCGGUGGAGAGACUUCCUGUUUUCAACAAGUCGGCCUUGCGGCAUUACCAGACCAGCACAGAGGCCGACGACUGGUGCAUGCCGAGUAAGGAUCCAAAAAAGCUGGGCAAGUACGACAGGUGAUGGUGGACUUGCGAAAAAAGAGCGGAUUAAGGAAGAGACGGUCCAUGCUGGAGGAAAUGAGUAACACUCGUAGUCUAAGCAAGAGAAGGCACUUACAGGACCUGGACUCGUGUUCCACAAUUCCUGCAUCAAAAUAAAAGUACUACUGCCAGCCUUCAGGCCAUUUAACCCAGCAAACGCUCACCACUGUUAAUACCAGUACACGCUUAUGAACUGAGCAUUCAUCUCUUUUUUUCCUCACACAUUACACUCUAGGUUCACGCUGAGAGGGGUUCACUGUGAAGAAGUGUACACGCUGUGUUUCUGUGUGUUUCUGUUUUCCUUCCAUACCUAUACGAUAUUAACACUGACAUUUGGUAAAUCAUAAUUCUGGGUAAGGUUUAGACAGCCAAAGCCAGCUAACGAGGGAUCACUGUGGUCAUGUCUGCAUGUCAGCCUUUCAUCAUUUCAUCACAUCAUCUACACGAAGAUAAAACAGCAGCAUUUAAAAGAUGAGAAGAAUCAGAGCUGUUUGGCAUCGCCUCCAUUAGAAAUUCUUGUUUUCUUUGAUAACAUAAUUGAACGAUCAAGUCUAUAUUUAGUCUUUAAUCUUCUUUGGUGUAAAAUUAAAUAUGAUCCUUGUGAAAGAGGAUUCUGCAUGUCAGUAAACUAUGUGUGCCUUAACCUUCAACAUGUACUGUAUAAGCUAAAGUUCCUUUCUAAGUUGGAUUUAAAAAAAUGUAUGGACACUUGUUGGCAUGCUAUGAUCUUCCACAGACUGAAAUGAGAGAAAGUGGACAGUUCUAACAGUAUUUAAUAUUAAUGUACUGUUAAUGAUUGCAUUUGAAUUGUAAUGACAUCCAAACUAACCUCGACCUGUACAACAAUAUUCCUCUGUUCAAAGUGAUGUCAACUCAAAUACACUCUAUUACUGUUUUUUUUUUUCCGAGUAGGUUUUAAGUUUGUAUUUAUGCAUUUCUUGUAUAUUAAAAGUUUUAAAGUGUGAAUUGUUGAAUGUCAAACUGUAAUCGAACACAAACACCACACAGAAAGUCAUAUGCACGCUGUUUUGAUCAAAUAGAUAUUGACUGAUUUGUGUGUGUAGCUAUUUCAUGAAUUCCAUGUUAUUGGGUUUUUGCCUUUGAGACGUUGUUGAGUCAACAAAUAACUCCCUCUUUUUAGGUCUCCGUGAUAUGUGAUUUGGUGAACUCUUAACAUUAUUUUUUGUAUGUAUAAACCUCGCUCAGCAGGCAGACUGUUUCUGUACCGAAGCUGUGGUUCACCAGUGAAAAGAGAAUGUAGAAAAUAAACAUUUCAUGACACUUCA